AUGUCGGUUCCAUUUUAUGAAUUAGAUUUUAAUGAAAAGAUUGAAUAUGUUAGUUUAUCAAUAUACGAAUGGUCACAAAAUUUAAUAUGUAUCGCUUUUAAAAAUAAAAUCGUUGUGGGAAUCAUAAAGUUUCAGGAAGAAUUUGAAGAUAUUGAACAUGAAGUUGAAUUUGAACCAGUUGAAGAAUUUUAUCAUGGGCAAAAAGUUAAUGCCAUUUCUUGGAACUCUAAUACUUCAUUACUUAAAAUUCCCAAAACUAUAGAAAUAUGUGUUGCAAGUAGUGAUAACAGUUUAAGAGUUUUUUCAAGCGAUGUUUCUACUAGACAUCAUUCUAGAAAGGAAAUUCAGGGCCACAUGGAUUACAUUAAUGAUUGUGCAUUUGAUCUUGAAGGAGAUUAUUUAGCGUCUGUGAGUGAUGAUUUAACAUGUAAGCUAUGGUCUGUUAAUCAUCAAUUUCAAUUAUUGAAAACAUUUAGUCUAAGCUCACCAGGAAUGUGUUUGACAUGGAGACAUGAAGAUCCAGGAAAAUUAUUAGUAGGAGAAAAAGCUGGUAUAAUUAGAUUAUACAAUGUAUUGACAUUAACACCUCUUAGUUGUAUUAUGAGUGGCAUAGUUCCUCUCACUGGUAUUUCAAUGAGUUGUCAAUCAAAAGUCAUUGUUAUUUUAGCAUCAGGAGAAUUAAUCGCAACCGAUUUUAAUGUUGCAUUACAAACUACUGAUUCUAAAGUAGUACAUCCCGGUGGAGGAUACAAAAUUCAGUGCAGUCCAAGUAAUGAGAAUUAUGUUGCGACUGUUGGUCGUCCUGGUAAUACAUUAAAAAUCACCAAUAUUAAAAGCAAACAAACGUUAGUUACUGCAAAUUUAGAGGUGUUUGCCGGUUUUAGCUGGCACAAUAGACUACCCUGCUUAUGUGUCGGUAAUAAUUCUAAACUAUCAAUUUUUAAAAUAUUACCAAAAUAA